AUCAUUUUCUGCUUAGACGAGCACCGCCAGUCUCCCAAAAUGGUCCAAUUCUCCGAGGAGACCAAGGAACGCGUUUCCAAGGUCAUUGAUAUCUCCAGAGUCGCCAUUCACUACGGCUACUUGCCUCUCAUCGUUUACCUAGGCUACACCUACAGCGAGCCGAAGCCGUCUCUGUUCAAGUUGUUCUCGCCUCUUGCUUGAAGAUCUUAUUGGAGUAUCAAAAUGAAAGAAAUGGGGCAAAUCCGAGAGACCGGGGAAGAUU